GCAGAUUCAGUGUCGGCUGACCAGACUUCAGUCAUCGGUCGAUCGUCAAUCACUCCAGCUGAAAGUUAGUGUAGAUUAUUACUGCUGCUGUAAUCUAUGGGAAGAGUGGUGGCAUUUUUGUUGGUCAUUGGCCUGGCGGCUCUCGCACGUGGAGAAGUGAUCAACUUUCAGAACUGCACUGAGAGCGUAAAAUGUGAGGUGCAUGAAGUUCGGGUUGAUCCGUGUCCAGAAUCGGCGCAGAGUAAACCCUGCGCGAUGAUAAAAGGUAGAAACGCUACCAUCGCGUUCGAUUACACGCCGGAAUUCAACGCUACGACGGCCACGGCUAAAGCCUUCUGGACCCAGACAUCCAUGGAUUUACCGUUCGCCGGAAUGGAUAACGAGGGGUGCAAGUACACCAGCUGUCCGAUCGUCGCCGGACAACGGCAGAGCUACUCGUACAAUCUUUCGAUCAAGAAGGCGUUUCCUAGUCGAGCCUAUGACGUCAAAUGGCAACUAAUGAACGAGGAGCAGAAAAUGUGUUGCUUUAUCAUUCAAAUUGCAAUCACGGAUAAGAAGGGCAAGAAGGGAUAAAACUUAUAUCCAGGAUUUGUUGUGUAGGAAUUACAAUACACGAUUUGUCGACU